UGCAACGCGCACGGCGAAUACCGGUUCUGAGCGCUGCUCCGCGUUCCAGCGGCGACCGACCAACCCGUGCGCGCGCGUACGUCACAACUACGAACUAGUAGCGGUGACUGCAUCGACGAGGUGCGGACCAGCGCCAACACACACUGCUUGUGCACGCACAUUGAAAUUAUUACAAUAUUUUUCGUCUCUUCUUCAUCUAUUAUUUUAAGUAUUAUUUUCUCACACAUAUCACGGUUGGCUAAGAAGCGUGCACCACGAAAACAUUAUUGUCACUGACUGCUAAGAGACUGAUUAAUAAAGGACAAUGGCCAUAUUCCCGAUGCUGUCGGCUGUAGCCGGCUUCAUUAAGGUGCGUUACAUAGUUGACAGGGCCAAUAUUGACAAUGCUGUAUUCAGAGCACAUUACAGACUAACCACAGCAAUACUCUUUGGAUGUUGUAUACUGGUCACAGCUAAUAAUCUAAUCGGUGAUCCUAUAUCUUGUAUAACUGAUGGUGCUAUUCCGGAGCAUGUGAUCAAUACAUUUUGCUGGAUAACUCAUACAUUUACAUUGCCCGAUAAAAUUGGAAAAGGCAUUGGUACACAUGUUGCUCAUCCUGGUGUAUCAAGUUAUGUUGAUAAUGAAGACCCAAAACAAUUCCAUUCAUAUUACCAAUGGGUACCUUUCAUGCUAUUUUUCCAAGGCAUUUUAUUCUAUGUGCCGCAUUGGCUAUGGAAAAAUUGGGAAGAAGGUAAAAUUCGUAUGAUCACAGAUGGUGUACGUGGUGCUUCGAUUGGACAAAAUGAAGAGAGAGUAAAUCGUCAAAAACAAUUAGUUCAAUAUCUUAUCGAUACUCUCCAUAUGCAUAAUGUAUAUGCUUCAGGAUAUUUCUUAUGUGAAGUGUUCAAUUUUUUAAAUGUAAUUGGAAACAUGUUCUUAAUUGACAGUUUCUUAGGAGGAGAAUUUUUUACUUAUGGUAUUAAAGUUCUAGAGCUUAGUCAAAUGGAUCAAGAAAACCGUUAUGAUCCAAUGGUAGCUGUUUUUCCAAGAGUUACGAAAUGCACAUUUCAUAAAUUUGGUCCAUCUGGAACAAUUCAAGCACAUGAUGCGCUUUGCAUAUUGGCAUUAAAUAUUUUAAAUGAAAAAAUAUAUAUAUUUUUGUGGUUUUGGUUCAUAAUAUUGGCAAUUUUAUCUGGUAUGGCUCUAGCAUACAGUAUUGCUGUAGUGACAUUACCUUCAAUUAGAGAGACAAUUUUACUACGUCGCUUUAAAUUUGGUACACCAGAAUCUGUUUCAGCACUCAUAAGAAAAACGCAGGUGGGCGAUUUCUUAUUACUUCAUCUUUUGGGUCAAAAUAUGAAUAUGAUGCACUUCACUGAAGUAUUAGAUGAUCUUAGUUCACGUCUACAUCUAGGUAAUAAUUUACCAACUGCCCCUUCAACUCUGGAAUUAUCACCAAUGUAUCCUUUGGAUAAACUGAGACUUCACAAAGAAACAGAGGCUUAGACGAUGAAUAAUGUCUAUUUGGUUUUAUUAAGAAAAAAACAUUUGGAGUUGAAAAUUUUAAUCUCAAACUGUGUUCAAUUUAUUGUCUCAAUAUUAAGAAAAACAUUCCAUAAAUAAGAAACAUUUGAACAUUAAGUAAUUUAUGUAAUUUAAUAAACAACUUAUAAUGACUAGUUUUUAUCGGACUAGUAAUAUGCAAUAAUUAGUUGUAAGACUUAAUCAUUUUUUCAACUAAAUAUUUUAUUAUAAAAUUAAUCUUUUUAAGUCUU